CAUCACUACCGAGUCUGCUCAGCCCGCUGGCGCAGUAAGAGUUAAUCCUUGUUGCGUUACAUAACAUACUUGGUAGAUCAGUCAUAUCAGCCCCAGAGCAGCGCUGUUGUGAGAGCCAGUGUGGUCUCGUCCUGCCAUCUGACCAAGAGGAGCACGAGUGACCGCCCCAGAGAGCGCACGUGAGGGACAGGACGACAAACGGCCAGACAAACAAGAGCUGGAGACCCCUGAUUUGACAUCUGACUGAGGAGCGCUGCGCAUCUUCACCACAGAGACCCAUCCACCUCUCCCAGCUCAGAUCUACCAAGACAGAAGCAGAAUGGUGCCAUUUCAGGAAUAUGAGAUAAAGAAGUCAUCAGGGAAGGCAAGCACUCGUAGUCGCAUUCCCCGCCUCGUCCUUCAACCUUUCCGUCCUAAAGGAUCGCCCAUUUCUGAGCUUCCAUUUUCAGAGGAGGAGAGCAAAGACUGUGACAUCAGCACAGAGAACUCAAAGAGAACCAUCAGUCCCAACAGCUUCUCAUCAGAUGACACUGGAUGCCCGAGCAGUCAGUGUGCUUCUCCAGCUAAGACCCCAUCUGGCUCCGAUAACAGCCCUCUGGGGUCACCCCCAUCAGGGGAGCGCAAGGCCACGGUCAAGAGAGUCCGAGUCAACGUGAUGGCUGAUUGGAGAGCCCCCACACAGAAGCACAAGAGGGAGCAGCAACGCCCCUCUGUACAGCACAGAGGUAGUGAGGCUGACUUUAGCUCCUCCAGUAGCACUGGAAGCUUCAAGACCCGUGAUACUCCAGCCAACAACUCCACAGGCAAGAAGAGCUGCUCCACACGCAGUCGUGUGCCCCACAUCAGGAGCCAGCCUGUGUUUAAGCCUCCAGGAAGCCCCACUGCCCAUCGCGAUGCAGAACUAUAUGCCCCUUACAGGACGCCCCCUAAAAGCCCCUUUUCAUCAAAUAUCAGCAGCAACUCUAGCCCCAGCAGCAGGAGAACCACUUCUGGGCGCUACCAUUCAUGCGGGGACAAUCAUGGCAUCAAGCCCCCCAACCCAGAGCAAUACCUGACCCCUCUACAGCAGAAAGAGGUGACCAUCAGGCACCUGAGGACCAAGCUUAAGGAUUCUGAGCAAACAGUUAAUGACCGGGAUUCUGAGAUUCAGGAGUUGAAGUCCCAGCUGGGCCGGAUGCGUGAGGACUGGAUUGAGGAGGAGUGUCACCGUGUGGAGGCACAGCUGGCCCUCAAGGAGGCACGUAAAGAGAUCAAACAGCUCCGGCAAGUAGUGGAGACCAUGAAGAACAGUCUGAUGGAGAAGGAUAAGGGCAUUCAGAAGUAUUUUAUUGAUAUUAACAUCCAGAACAGAAAGCUGGAGUCCUUGCUGCACAGCAUGGAGCUUGCUCAAAGUGGUGCCAACCUACAUGAUGAGCCCACUCUGGACUUCAUCUGUGACUCUCCAGAAAGACCUUCUGCAGGGAAGCUGGAGGAGGAACUGCAGGUGCAGGAUCAGGCAGUGGAGGAGAUGGCAGACAGCGGGCUGCUGGUUAAUGAUGAGAUGGCCAACCAAAUGGACAUCCUGGAGAAGGUUCUUAUGUCCACAGCUGUGGAUUCCAGCCAGGACUGCAGCGGCAAGCUCAUGAACCAGCCACCAGGACUGUCCACUUUACAGAGUACCUCAGUGGACACAGAGAAGAGCACAAAAGAUCAAAUCUCCAGUGAGGUCUCUGCUGAACAGCAACAUCCUGGUGAGGAGAAGGCAGUGCAGACAGAUGAAGUCUUGCAUACCCCCGAUCUCCAGGCUCUCCUUUUGCAGCUGCUUAAGCUCCAGAACACUGGGUUCUCAGGCCUGAUGACUCCCUCAUCCAACGUCCCACAGAAGUUAUCCAAAGCACAGGAACCGAACGUUCUCCAAGCAGAGGAGCACAUCAAAAAUGAGGUGCCACUUCAAGCUCAGGAUCCUGACCUUGUGGAGAUGUCUGACCACAUACCCAAUGACCCAGCCCCAACUACAUUGGUGAUUUCUCAAGAUCCUGGUGGUUCAAACCAGGGCUCAGAUCCUGAAAUGGAUCCAGGAUUCAUGGAGGAGCUAGACUUUGGUGUGAAGGAUGCUUGCAGCAAUGCAAAUAUGGCUGUAGUGGGGAAAAGUCACUGGAGCAACAGCUUCCUGAUUGAUCUAGUUGCUGUGGCAGCACCCGUUCUUCCCACAGUGGCCUGGCUAUACUCUCAGCAUGGUGUAGUUGGUGGGGCACCAGUAUACAACAUUGCAGCUUUGAUUCGUGGCUGUUGCAUUAUGGGUUUGCACUCUCUCCGCCAUGUCACACAUGGGCCACACAUGUAAUGGUCUUUCACCUGUCUGCACAGCUAACAAAAGCACUUAGAUGUCAAUUUAAAGUAGUUUUUUUUGUUUUUGUACAUUUGUGUACGUUUGUACAUUUUUUAUUAUUAUUAUUUUCAGCUCCCACUUUGCACUGUGUAUAGUUGCCAUGAUUUUAGGCAAGAAUGGUGAACUUGAAGGGAUUUUUGUUUGUUGUCUUGUUUUCCUCACAAGUUUGUACUGCUCCUUGCCAUGACUUGAUCAUCUGGGUAGGUGGUCAUGUUUCCACUGUGCUGUUCUUUAUCAGUCCAUUUCUUGCUUUUUGCAGAGUGAUUGAGUGGAAAUGGAAUUGACUGUCAGUUAUUGGAGUUUUGUUUUUUUCUUUUUUGCAUUUAUGUUGUUUGUUCCUAAAGGAUGAAAACCCUCAGCCAAAGCUUAGUCACUAUUUGUGUUCAGUGAAGAUAAUCUUAUCCUGAGUUAAAACGUUUUAAAUGUUUCUUUGUGUACUUGCCUACUCCCUAAAGAUGGUCAAUGCUACAGUACAAUUGACACUUGUAAUGUGCCUGAGCUAUGUGCAAUAUUUGUUUGUAUCAGAUGUGCUAAUAUAUUUAUUAUUAAAGCAUGGUAACCCUA